ACCCACAACCAUAUAAUCAACUAUUUCUACAGCUACAGUCACUGCCAGCCAUAUCAUAGCACUGAUAGAAUAACACAUAUUUUAAGAUUUUUUUUAAGUAAAAAGGAAGAUUUUACGACAUUUCUAUUUUUAUUAUAUAUCGUGACGUUUUACUACAAGGAGAUACAAUGCAUUUUACAUUACAAAAGCGAAAUAAGACGUGGAUGCCAGCUAUCAAUUUGUGCAUCGUGGGGUUGAUGGUUUAUAUUAUGGCCUGCCCUGCGUCCAGUAUGGAUGUGCUGGUCCAUAACCAGAUCGACGUCCUGAACGGCACCAUGGUGAGGAUCCAGUGCAUCUUCACCUCCUGCUACAAGAUGGACGUCAAUAAGUUUGCCAUGAACUGGACCUACCAGGAGAACACCAACAAGACUGAGGAGAUGUUCAUGACCUAUAAGAAGGGGAUGAUGCCCCUGCGGACAGACCGGUUCAGUGACCGGGUGCAGUUUGUGGGUAAUCUGGAAAAGAACGACUUGUCCAUCACCCUCUCUGAUGUCCAGCUGUCGGACAAGGGCAUCUAUAACUGCUACGUGCGCAAUCCCCCUGACCGGAUCCAAGGCCACGGAAUCAUCAAUAUGUUUGUCGUCACAGAACUGCCUCCCCCGCGGGACUCGACCAUAGCGGUGGCGAUCGGGGCGUCAGUCGGCGGUGCGCUGGCUCUGCUCAUCCUGUCCAUGGUGGUGGUGAAGUGUAUAAGGCGCCACAAGAAACAGGAGCUCAUCUCUGACGAGCAGAAAAUGGAGGAAGAGGGCAAGCUGGAUGCAGAGGGGGGCACCGAGGAGGGAACCAAGAAAGCAUUCCUGCCUGAAGAUGUAUAGUGACCCUUCCUUGAAUCCUUGUCCAGCAUCUGCCUCACCCCACGCCCCCUCCUUCCCUCCUCUUGUCCAGCUAAACAAGAUUGCCGCUAUGGGAAGCCCCAGCCGCCAGCCACGCCACUCACGCCACCCACGCCUGCCUCUGUCUUCAGUCGGCCAUCUUAUCUUCUCUCUUCUUUGACAAGAAGCCACAAAAGGCGGAGGAGGCUAGUGGACGGCAGCCUCCAAACGACAUUCCUCUUUCCCCUUUUUCCUCGCUUCUAGUCUCUCUUAAAAUACAGACGUAGGACAUGUAAAAUGCAAUGCAGGACAUUUAAAAUGUGUACUGUAUUUGAGGUUUAAAAAGGGUUCUGAAGUUUGUAAUUUCCACUUGGACAUUUUAGACCUGAUUUUCCCUCCUAGAGAAAUAUCAAUUCAUUAUGAUCCACAUAAUAAUUAACAUGUCCUGUUGCUGCAGGAUUAUUUUCCUACUGUAGCAAACUGGCUCAAAUUAAAAUCCUGCAUCUGCGGAGUAAAUGGAUUGGUUUGACAGCCGUGAUUACUGGGAAAGAUCCUGCUCUCUCUCUCUCUCUCUCUCUCUCUCUCUCUCUCUCUCUCUCCCUCUCUCCCUCUCUCGCUCCCUCUCUCCCUCUCUCUCUCCCUCUCUCCCUCUCUCUCUCGCUCUCUUGCUCUCUCUCUCUCGCUCUCUCUCUUUUUCCUGCUCUAUCACAUUACUUAGCGAUGCAUAAUGGCUGAGGCAAAAAAAGUUCCCUGUUUUUUUCUGACAGCUAGUGUGUGUCCAAAUGACAACCGUUCUGUGUGCGAAUGGUAUGGAUGGAUUUUUUUGUCUGUUUGUGUUCGUUUUUUAUGUACAGGGUAUAAGCUUGUGAAUGACCUUUAGAUGUCACUACGGGCAGUGUGGGUGUAUACACGUGUGUGAAUAUGCGUUUGAGUGUCCUUAGAGUGUUUGAGUGUCUUCUCUUCAAACUCAGACUCUCCCUGAAUGGAGAAGCCAGGGAUGAUUUUAUCAGUAGUCAACCCUUCUGAACCCUUGCUUCACCUCCAAUAUGAUUUUUAGCCUGUGUUGCUUCCUCAUACUAAGUUACUACUGUAUCGUAUAUUAGCAUGAUAUUUUUUGCACAUAUUAUGACAGGCACAAUUCUGCCUACGAUGGAUGGAUCAUUCAUCUGUUGGUCUUUGAUGAUAUUGUAAUAUACAUUGCACAAAAAGUCCAAUCCCCAAAUGAUGUCCCCCUUUUGUCCACCUGCAGUAUCCCUUGACACUCAAAUGAGCACGCAGACACAUUGACUAUACUUGAACCAACACAUAAGCUUCGACCACCACAUACAGCCACGUAGCUGUUUUGCACAUUAGAAGUCCACACAAAGAGGCCUACACAUACACACAAGCUGAGCACUUUCAGGGAAAACAGAAAAAAAGUAAGAUAGAGUAACAUUUAUAUCAGAUACAUAUAUUUCUACGUUUUGUCCUAAUAACAAGCUGUACUUUAGAGGUGUGCUUUGAUUGCUGUCGCUAUUUAGGUGUGGUCCUCACUGUCUUAAACUAUCAAUGUUUGAAUGUAUGGGACCUCUCUCGUCUGAGGUAAUUGAUAUUGGACGCUCUUUGGAUGUUACAUAUUUAGCUAAAUGAGUAUUGUAUUUGGGAGACAACGUGAGAUGUAAUUAAUAUACAAUCAAUCAUUCCACUUUCCACCCAUUGCAUUUCAAACUACCUUCAAAGAUGUCGGGCUUAAAUUACAUUAUCAUAAGAGCAUUAUAAUGUAUGUAAGUCUGUGAAGGAUCACAAAAAGUAUCCAAAAGCACAGAUGAACUUUGGAUUUGCUAAACAACAUCACAACUGCAAAUUAGUAGCAUUAUUUAUUUUAGUCAAUAUUUGUAAUAUGUUAUCUUAAUUUGCACCUUGUGUCUAAAAGUCUUGGCUUUAUAUUUUUUCAACAGACAUUGUUGGGGGAGCAGACAGGCUAUGGGAGUGUAACUGUAGUUAUAUGACUGGGUGCCUCUGAUAUUGUCUGACGUGGUUUAAAGGGCUAAAGCCAGGGGCCACGCUGAUUCUGUGCCCAGGAGUGCCCUACCUCAUCUGGAGAUAGUCUCUGCCUGUCUCUGCAAUGGCCACUCCAUUCAUUGGCUGCCUUUACGUUAUUCACUGCCAAAGCAUGUUUUCUUUUCUACUUUUUAUUUGUCUCCUCAGAUCUCCUAGCCGUUCUAGUUUAGAUCUUUCUUGGUCGAGUAUUGCACUUUGAUAUUGUUGAAUUUUGUACCACAUAGUCAUGUAAUUUGUACUUUAUGCCAUGACUUUGUGGUUGUUCUAGCUGUUGAAAUUGUUGUAGUCAUCAUUACUUGGUCUUUGGGAAGUUGGCCUGAGUUUGGGGAGCUCACAUCUGAAAGAUCAUUAAUUAAACAGUGGAAGGUCAAUGCUGAUCUCCACCUGUAGGGCGUACACGCUCCCAUUCUAGACUUACUUAAUGACUAAUAUAAAUUAAUUCAACUUAGUGCAAUUGUGAGUGUGGUGUGUAAAUCAGUAUGUAGGGAGUCUGAGACAGCUAGAAUCAUGGUGAGAAAUGUCUGGGAAGCUUGUUGCCACAACCAGAGACGAUAACAAUCACAAUCAGACUUAAUUAUCCAAAGUAACCUCAAGAAUUACAAAUAAUAAUAAUUUAGAUUGUACUGUAUUUUAUACAUGAGCACACACACUUACACACACUGCUACCGAUGGCUAGGGGACAAAGCAAUACAUGUAGCCUAAUGAAAUAAACAUCACCUCCAUUUCCCCUGUCACUCACUCUGACGUCUCCGCUGGACUCCUGAAUGCCGGGAUAGCUAGCUGGGAUAGUGGAGGUCCCAGAGUUUUGCGUUUGACUGUCUGUCUCUGUGUGGUCGUGCAUGUUUUUGCUGCAGUUGUUCCUCUGUGACGCAUGGCUCUAACCAGGACCUCUCGCACCGAACACCAGAAAUGCUUGUCUCUAAUAAUGAGCUGUAUUCAUUAUUGUAUUUUGAAAUAAAAAUGAGCAUAGAAAUAU